GCCAGAGGCAGGGAAUGAACGCUGUCAAGUACCAGAAGUUCCUGGAAGGUCUCAACAACUUGAGAGAUGAACGGGACCGUGUACAAAAGAAAACAUUCACCAAAUGGGUCAAUAAGCAUUUGAUGAAGGUCCGCAAGCACAUUAAUGAUCUCUACGAAGAUCUUCGAGAUGGCCAUAACUUGAUAUCUCUUCUGGAGGUUCUCUCUGGGAUCAAAUUGCCCCGAGAGAAGGGCAGGAUGCGUUUCCACAGGCUGCAGAAUGUACAGAUUGCUCUGGACUUCCUGAAGCAGCGGCAGGUAAAACUGGUGAACAUUCGAAAUGAUGACAUUACAGAUGGGAACCCCAAGCUGACUCUAGGCCUGAUAUGGACCAUCAUUUUGCAUUUCCAGAUCUCUGACAUCUACAUCAGUGGUGAGUCAGGAGACAUGUCAGCAAAGGAAAAGCUGCUAUUGUGGACCCAGAAGGUGACAGCUGGUUACACAGGAAUCAAAUGCACUAAUUUUUCCUCAUGCUGGAGUGAUGGGAAGAUGUUCAAUGCACUUAUUCACCGAUACAGGCCAGACUUGGUAGAUAUGGAAAGGGUGCACAUCCAGAGCAAUCGAGAGAAUUUGGAACAGGCCUUUGAAGUGGCAGAAAGACUUGGGGUCACCCGGUUGUUGGAUGCAGAAGAUGUGGAUGUACCUUCCCCAGAUGAGAAGUCUGUAAUCACUUACGUGUCUUCAAUUUAUGAUGCCUUCCCCAAAGUUCCUGAGGGAGGUGAAGGAAUUAGUGCUACGGAGGUGGAUUCCAGGUGGCAAGAGUACCAGAACCGUGUUGAUUCCCUCAUUCCCUGGAUCAAACAGCACACUAUGCUGAUGUCAGAUAAAUCAUUCCCCCAGAACCCUGUUGAGUUAAAGGCACUUUAUAACCAGUACAUACACUUUAAAGAAACUGAAAUUCUGGCCAAGGAGAGAGAAAAGGGAAGAAUCGAGGAAUUGUACAAAUUAUUAGAGGUAUGGAUUGAAUUUGGUCGAAUUAAGCUGCCUCAAGGCUAUCAUCCUAAUGAUGUGGAGGAAGAGUGGGGAAAGCUAAUCAUUGAAAUGCUAGAGCGAGAGAAGUUACUGCGGCCAGCAGUAGAAAGGCUGGAAUUGCUGCUACAAAUUGCUAACAAAAUCCAGAAUGGUGCUUUGAGCUGUGAAGAAAAACUGACACUAGCAAGGAAUACGCUACAGGCGGAUGCUACUCACCUGGAAUCAGGGCAGCCAGUGCAGUAUGAGUCAGACGUCAUCAUGUACCUUCAAGAAUGUGAAGGACUCAUCAGGCAGCUGCAGGUGGACCUCCAGAUCCUCCGGGAUGAGAACUACUACCAGCUAGAAGAGCUGGCUUUUAGGAUUAUGCGUCUCCAGGAUGAGCUGGUCACCUUGCGGCUAGAGUGCACAAAUCUUUACCGGAAAGGACAUUUUAAUACACUUGAGUUUGUUCAGCCCUCUACUUUAACCACUACUCACCUGAAGGCAGACCCUUUGACUAAGGUCACACAUCCUCCUUCUACCUCUUGGUUCCGAAAACCCAUGACUCGUGCUGAACUGGUGUCUAUUUCUUCCUCUGAAGAUGAAGGGAGUCUCCGAUUUGUUUAUGAACUGCUCUCCUGGGUAGAAGAGAUGCAGAUGAAACUAGAGCGAGCUGAAUGGGGCAGCGACCUACCCAGUGUGGAGCUGCAGCUUGAGACUCAGCAGCACAUCCAUACCAGUGUAGAAGAACUGGGCUCAAGUGUCAAAGAAGCUAGAAUGUAUGAGGGCAAAAUGUCCCAGAAUUUUCGUGCCAGCUACACUGAAACACUUGGGAAGUUGGAGACACAGUACUGUAAAUUGAUGGAAACCUCUAGCUUCAGGCUCCGACACCUCCAGAGUUUGCAUAAAUUUGUCUCCAGAGCUACAACUGAGCUGAUCUGGCUGAAUGAAAAGGAGGAGGAGGAAUUGGCAUUUGAUUGGAGUGACAACAAUCCCAACAUCACAGCCAAGAAAAAUUAUUUCUCUGAGUUAACCAUGGAACUGAAUGAAAAACAAGAUGUUUUCCGGUCUUUACAAGAUACAGCAGAGCGGCUGUCAUUGGAGAACCACCCAGCAAAGCAGACUGUUGAGGCAUACAGUGCUGCUAUUCAGUCCCAGUGGCAGUGGAUGAAGCAGCUGUGCCUUUGUGUGGAACAACACGUGAAGGAGAAUAGUGCUUACUUUCAGUUCUUUAGUGAUGCAAGAGACCUAGAAACAUUCUUGAAGAACCUGCAAGACUCCAUCAAACGGAAGUAUUCAUGUGACCACAAUACCAGCUUGUCGCGCCUUGAAGACCUCCUCCAGGAUUCCAUGGCACAGGAUGAAAAGGAGCAACUCAUUCAGUCAAAGAGUUCUGUUGCUAGUUUAGUGGGGAGGUCAAAAACCAUCAUUCAACUGAAGCCACGAAAUCCAGACCACAUGCUGAAGAGCACCAUCUCCAUCAAGGCUAUCUGUGACUACCGGCAAAUCGAGAUCACCAUCUGCAAGAAUGAUGAGUGUGUAUUGGAAGAUAAUUCCCAGAGGACCAAGUGGAAGGUGAUCAGCCCCACAGGAAAUGAGGCAAUGGUACCCUCAGUGUGCUUCCUCAUUCCCCCACCGAACAAAGAUGCCAUUGAGGUGGCCAACAGAGUGGAGCAAUCAUAUCAGAAGGUGAUGACCCUUUGGCAUCAGCUGCAUGUGAACACCAAAAGUCUUAUUUCUUGGCACUAUCUGCGGAAGGACAUUGAUCUUGUACGGAGCUGGAACCUGGAGAAGCUUCGAUCCUUGGUCCCUGGUGAGUGCCAUCAGGUCAUGGAGAACCUCCAGACCCACUAUGAAGAUUUCCUACAAGAUAGCAGGGAUUCCUCACUCUUCUCAGUGGCUGACCGUCUACGCCUAGAGGAGGAGGUGGAUUCUUGUAAAGCACAAUACCAUCAACUGGCUGAGUCCUUGGAGAAUGAAGAUAAGGAUGAGACAGUCGCUAGGAUGUACAUCUCAGAACUGACAAACAUCCGACUCCGUCUGGAGGAGUGUGAGCAGAGGCUAAUCAGGCGCAUCCAGUCCUCACCUGGCUCCAGGACUGAUGAGGAUGCUCGGCAAGACAACGCUUUACGCAUCGCAGAGCAGGAGCAUACCCAGGAAGAUCUGCAGCAACUGAGGUCUGAUUUUGACAACAUUUCUACAAGAUGUAAAACCUUCCUCCAGCAAUCUCCGUCAGGGUCCAGUGUUCCAACCCUUCAUUCAGAGCUCAACCUGCUGGUGGAAAAGAUGACCCAUGUGUAUGGUCUUUCCUCUGUCUACUUGGAUAAACUGAAGACAGUUGAUGUUAUAGUCCGGAGUAUCCAAGGAGCCGAGCUUUUAGUCAAAGGAUAUGAAAUCAAGCUGAGUCAGGAAGAAGCUGUGCCAGCAGAUCUCUCAGCUCUGCAGUCUCACAGGGCUGCUUUAGAGCAAUGGCUCAGUGAUGUAAAGGACAAGAACUCGGUUUUCUUGGUGCUGGAUGAAGAAAUUGCCAAAGCCAAAAUGGUGGCAGAGCAGCUGUGCCGCCUCACGCCUGAGUGUAGCCUGGACCUGGAGCGGUGCCAAGAGAGGGGGGCCCAGCUGCAGGAGCGCUGGCACAGAGUUGGUGCCCAGAUAGAGAGCCGACAAUCUGAACUAGAGAGCAUCCAAGAAGUGCUAGGGGAUUACCGGGCCUGCCAUGGAGCACUCAUCCAGUGGAUCGAGGAGACCACUGCUCAGCAAGAGGUGAUGAAGCCAGGUCAGGCAGAGGAUAGCCGAGUGCUAUCAGAGCAGCUCAGCCAGCAGACCGCUUUGGUUGCAGAAAUUGAGAGGAAUCAGGCAAAACUAGACCAGUGUCAGAAGUUUUCCCAGCAGUACUCUGCCAGUGUGAAGGACUAUGAAUUACAACUAAUGACAUACCGAGCUUUUGUGGAAUCUCAGCAGAAAUCCCCUGGGAAGCGCCGGCGCAUGCUUUCCUCAUCUGAUGCAAUCACACAGGAGUUCAUGGACUUGAGGACUCGGUACACAGCCCUGGUGACCUUAACAACCCAGCAUGUGAAAUAUAUCAGCGAUGCACUUCGGCGUCUAGAAGAGGAGGAGAAAGUGGUGGAAGAGGAAAAGCAAGAACAUGUGGAGAAGGUGAAAGAUCUUCUAGUCUGGGUGUCUGCCUUAGCAAGGAGCCCACAAGGAAAAGCCACUUCAUCCCAGGGCAAAGAAUUGAUAGACAUUGAAAAAUCCAUUUUAGAACAACAGGUUCUGACUGAAGAGCUGGCAACCAAAAAGGAACAAGUCUCUGAGGCCAUCAAAACUUCACAAAUCUUCUUAGCCAAACAUGGCCACAAGCUGUGCGACCAGGAGAAAGAGCAAAUUUCUGAGCAGCUGGAGGCCCUGAAGACAACUUACCAGGAGCUGUGUGAUGGCUCAGCCCGUCAGCUUCAGCAGCUUCAGGGCCAGCUGGCCCAAAAGACAGAGCAAAAGGGAAGCAGAACAGUAGCUGGGGUGAUUGACCUGGGCACAGUGGAAAUAUUUCCCAUCUUCAAGGCCAUGCAGAAGGGCCUCAUUGAUCAAGACACGGGUUUGGUGCUCUUGGAAGCCCAGGUUAUCAUGUCUGGACUGGAUGUCCCUGAGACCAAUGAGAAACUCUCUUUGAAGGAAGGCUUAUCCAGAAACCUCAUUGAUCAACAGACUUGUCACCUGCUUCAGGAAUUAGAGGAUGCCCAAUCCUCAAUAAACAUACUUUCUAAAGGCAAAGAUUAUCUUCCUGUUGUUGAAGCAAUGGAAAAGGGAAAAAUCAGUGAGAGAGUUGGAAUGAAGAUCUUAGAAGUUCACCUGGCUACUGGAAGCUUUCCUUUCUCUCCCACUGAAAAGCAAAUCAGCCUGAAAGAAGCCUCUUACCAAGGACUCACCAUAGCACAGCUCCAUUCAAAAAUAGAGACUCACGUAAGAUCUACUAAGAAUUUGAUUGACCCCAAUACAGCUGAGAAAAUCAGUCUACUGGAUCUCAUGCAGAGAUGUAUUGUUCACCAGGACUCAGGGCUAAAACUACUACCUGUCAAACAACUGGCAGGGGGGAUGGUGAGCUUGAAAUCAGGCAGGAAGGUUAGCAUUUUUCGUGCUGUUCAGGAGGGAUUGAUUGAUCGACAGGUUACUGUCCGGUUGUUGGAAGCUCAGCUUUUUGCAGGUGGCAUCGUAGACCCCAGAACAGGACAUCGCCUAACAGUUGAUGAAGCUGUAAGACAUAAUUUGAUUGACCAGGAUAUGGCCUGUGCCAUCCUCAUCAGGCAGCUUCAGACAGGGGGCAUCAUAGAUACUGUCACAGGGUAUAGGCUGACAAUAGAUGAAGCAGUAAGGAAAGAUUUAGUAGCCUCUAAGAUGGCCCUUGUGAUUCUCCAGUCCCUUUGGUCUUUUAUGGGGUUGCUAUGGCCUGAAUCUGGAGAGAUCCUCUCAAUUGCUGAUGCCCUGGAACAAGGUAUCCUAUCUACUGAGCUAGCUCAUGAAAUCCUUAGCAACAGGCAGUAUAUCAAGGCUCUUUUUCAACCAGCAACCACAGAAGUUUGGUCCUGGAAGGAAGCAGUUGAUAAAGGCAUCUUGGACAAAGAUACCACCAAGAACUUAAAAUCUACUUGCAUACCUGAUGUGAUGCCUAGGAUGCAGUUGGCAGGCUCUUUAGAAAGAAGUGCACUGGGUAUUAGUACUGUGGCAGCAGCCCCAUUAUACAGCGCAGACCAGAGUGCACAUGUACCAAGAAGUGACCAUGAAAAGCUCCUGUUUCAUCUGAUGACUCACAGCUAUAUUGAUGUGCACAGUGGACACAGACUGCUUCUGUUAGAUGAGGGCCUGGUGGAAAUCCUAACACUAGUGCAGAGAGAAACAUCCCAUGCCUGUGAAGUUAGCCAGCCAAGUCCAGAGGCUCCCAGAGAAAUAAGAGACUUGGCCAGUGUAAGACAUCCUGAAAUUGACACAGGGGAUAGUUUAACUAUAAGACAUAAAGAAUUACAGUUUGUCCUGAAAGAGGAAUCUCCAAAAGAACAGCCAACAGAUUGUCAAACAGAAAAGAAAAAGAUGAUUUUAGAAGUAAGCUCCUCUAAUAUUUCAGAGUCUGAAAAAUAUUCAUUGCCAGAGGAUCAAGAAAUGGGAAUUCCAAAUCCUGAUGGUCUUAAGAACAUACUUAACACUGAAUCGGAACAGCAAAGUCAAAAUUCUAUAGUCAAGAAAGAAGAGCCAAAAGAAUUGUAUUCUAGCGAAGAAUGUAUGGGCAUUCAAAUUUUAGUUGACAAAGACCCCUUAUCUGUUGAACCAAUGAGGAAACAUAAGAGAACUCUAACUGAGACUGUUUCUACUUUACAGCAAGAACAAGGGAUCAUACCCAGGACUGAAAAAGAAGCACAUGUUCCUGGUAGAAUUGAAAGAGACCUUGUCAUACCUCAAAGUGAACAAUCAGAAUCCCAUGAAGAGAGAACUUUGCAUCCAGAGUCAGAUGUGAAGCCCUCAAAUAUUAACAUUCUUCAUUUACUGAGAAAAGAAAGAACAAUGAGUGAAUUAGUAAAAGGAGAAGAAAGUAAUGACCAAAAACAGAAUCUAGAAAGAGGAAAGAUGGCAAGUGAAAGUCUGAUAAAGGUGGUAAAAAGAGAUAUGGAAAGUAUGUCAGUUGAUGGUGUUAUGGAAAUGUCACUGUUACUGGACCAUCCUUUAGAGCCAAGUGAAGAUACUACCUUAAAAAUAUUAUCAGCACAGUUAGAAGAUGGGGGCAUCCUUCAUGAAGAGACUGGCCAGAAGCUCCUACUAAAUGAGGCAGUAGCCUGUGGCAUAGUACCUAGCCACACUGCGGUGAAACUUAUGGAAAAGCUGAAAAUGUUCCAGGGCUUCUUUGACUCUCAAACAUGUGAAUCUUUGACAACGGAAGAAGUCAUUGAUGAAGGCUUAAUGAAUGAGAAUCUUCUACAGAAGGUUUUCACAUCAGACAAAACCAUAAGUGGUGUCUUAGAUCCCUACACUAACACAAUCUGCUCCGUGAGAGAUGCAGUUAGGGUUGGAUUAUUGGACAAGCAAACAGCCACAAGGAUUUUAGAGGGGCAAGUGGUGACCGGGGGAAUUGUUGAUCUGAAGAGAGAUAAAAAAGUCUCAGUAACUUUGGCUUCAAACCUUGAUUUGGUGGACAGUACUGACCAGAGAGAACUUAUAUGCCUGGAGAAAGCUACCAAAGGUAAAGAGUCUGAGAAGAUAGCCAAACAGAAGCUGAUUAGUUUACAGAUUGAAACAAAUGGAAUUAUAGAUCCUGACACCAAAAUUCCCUUAACAAUUGUCCAGUCUAUUAACAAAGGUCUUUUGGAGAGAGAGGAAGCCAUUCACUUGUUAACUAAACAGGUGGUGGAUGGAGGUAUCAUUCACCAUGGUUCUGGGAUGAGGCUCUCUGUUGAUAAUGCUACUGAACAUGGUUUAAUUGAUGAAGAUUUGUCCAAAGAACUCAAACAAGUUGAGAGCAUAUGCCUUCAUCAAUUUAUUCAUCCCCAAACAAAGGCAUUUAUUUCCCUCCCUGAGGCCAUAGCAAUUGGUCUUGUUACCCAAGACUUUACAAAUCAAGUCCAAGAAAUUCAAGCACUAAGUGGAAACUUCGUAGAUCCCAUUUCUGGCCAAAGACUGAGUUUGUCAGAAGCUGUAAGAACAGGACUCUCAUCCAGUGAAGCCACAUUGUCUUCAGGAAUGAUGCAUGGGAUUGUAGACCCCGAGAACUGCAAAAUUGUACCCUAUUCAGAACUUAUUAAAAAAUGUAAGAUUGAUGUUGAAUCUGGGCAGAGAUAUCUAGAGGUAAUUCCCUUCUCAGAUGUCAGAGAUGGAGUAGCUGGGAAACAGCUCACUCUGUCUGAAGCAGCCCAACUGGGAAAAGUAGACCUUGUGCCUAUAUUGAGACUACUGGAAGCCCAGGCAGAUGCUGGUGGAAUUUUAGAUAUUGCUACAGGCAAAAGACUGUCAUUAAAGUCAGCUUUGGAACAAAAAUUGGUGGAUGAAAAAAUGGUUCGAGUAAUUGCAACUCAUCAGGUGUUGAAUGGAGGAAUUGUUGAUCUAUCUAGUGGCCAAAGAGUAACUUUAAUAGAAGCUGCUGAAAGAGGAUUAAUCCAUCCUGAAUUGUUAGCUUCUAUUCAGACAGAUAUUCAAAGAAUAAAUAACAGUUCACGGAUUGAAAUUCAAAGAGGAAUUGAAUCAUGUGAAUUAAAGAAUGAAUUUCCAAGAAGGGAAAUAUUGGCUGUUUAUAACCAGGCAACUGAAGUGAGUUAUUAUGAAAAUCAAGAGGAAACAGAGGAAAUGUUUAGGGCUGCAGAAGAAAAAACUAAAGUAAAGGUUCUUGAAGGUGUUCAGGGAACAGAGAGCUUAGGAAGGGCUGUGGAAGAUCUGGAAGUGAGGGAGCUUUCAUCAGGAGGAUAUAAGUCAGUGGAGCAGGGUGAGAGGACACUCCCUCAAGAUGCUAGAGGUUCCACCAAAGUCACACUUUCUCCAAAUUUUGAGGGCAAUUUGUUAGACCAAAUUGUUGUGAAGCAGCCUCACCCAGAAGGUUACAGUUCUGGUGUAAAACAAAUAAAAAUUAAAAGUCCUGAUAUUCCUGAAAAGAUGAGGGUGGUGGUUUGGAGAAACACAGAAAAGGAGAAAACAGAUUCAGGUCAAGAAGUGAUUGCUCAAGUAGAAAUAACCCAACAUAUGAAGGAAAGACAAACUCUAGAGGACAAGGUAUCACUGACUUCAGAGGCACAAGAACCAAAGUGUGGAACUUUGGGUAAGUUGCUGACUGACCUUACUAUGGGGAAACCAAUCACUACUGAUACAGAAAGGGAAAGGGAAAAGGAACUGAAUGCAAAAGAAAGUGGCCAUGCAUACAGAGUAGUACCUGUCCCAGAAGCAAAGUUUUCUCAAGAGAUGAUUGCCAAAGAUGAACAAGACUCCCAGGGAAACCUACAAGCUAAAGAGGGAACAGUGCAGGAAAGAGAGAAAGAAUCAUAUGUUGAUCAGAAAUUUUCUUUAACUGAUAAAUCUAGGGACAUAGCUCCCCAAGUAAUGUCCACAGGAGCAAUUAAAGAAGGCACCCAGGGUGUAGACAUUUUCCUAACUUUCAAGCCAGCAAAGUCACUCCAAAAUCCCUGUGUCUCUUUUGGAGAUAAAGAAAGCAUGAGUGUCUCCUCAUCUGAUGCUCCCAAAGAAAGGUCACACGAAGAGAUAACGUGUGACUCACUGAUACCAUUUAAAGUUGAGGAAGUCACAGCCUCAGGAGCAAGCAUACAGGAAACUCAGGGUUUGAGAUUCCCAGAAAGAAGUGCUCUUUUACUAGAGGACAGCAGAAACAAUGAAGAACUUGGCAGAAUUUUCAAAUCUGAACAAAUAAGAGUUCAGGAAAUAAUUGGAGAGAAAAUUUCACAUCUGGCUCCCUCCAUAGUGGCCAAUCCAGAAACAGUGUUAUUUGAAGAAACAGUUGAAGAGGGCACCAAAGUUAACUGGGGAUCUUCUGUAACCCUCAAGCUUAAAGAAAAGCCAUUCCAAGAAAUGACUGGAGAACCUCCCCGAUCUUUAGUGCACUUUACAUCAGAGAAGCCACUCCAAGAUAUGACCAGAGAAGCUAUCAGGGAACCUCAAACUGGCACUGGUACUCCUAGAUCUAAGUCUAGGACAAGUGCAAAGAAUAAUGGAGAAAAAUCAGUACCCCUGGCAUCAGCCCAAGCAAGGAAGCUGGAUGAGAAAACAGGCCAGGAGAAAAUGAUUCUGAGCUCCAGCAGUGAUCAAUCUCUCUUUGUAACUUCACCAGAAGGAAAGGGGAAUGAAGACAUAGGCCAAGAGACCUUCAAAGCAGCCAAAACGGUAUAUAGCCGCCGACUCUGUUUGGAACAUGAUGAACAGCUGGUGUCUUAUCUCUCUCUCCUUCGGAAUAUUGAGAUGAGAACCAAGCAGAUCUGUCCAGCAGAGCUGAGCCUAGCAGAAUUGCAGGACCAAUUGCACCAGGCAAAGGUUCUGGACAGAGAGCUAAGGGAUCUGUCCAUCCUGGUGAAUCAAGAGCUGGAGUGUGUUAAUCAGAUUGUGGCCAACCAGCCCCAGGAAGUCCCUGCUCAGUUGCUGAAAGCCCUGGAGAAGGAUGCCAAAAAUCUUCAGAAGUCUUUCAGAUCUGUGAGUGACACAUGGGCUUCCAGAUUGCUCGGCCUCCAGAGCAGUGUGGAUGUGGAAAAGGCUAAAAUCUUGAACCAACAUGAAGUGCUACAAAAUAAACUUCAAGAAUUAGAGACCUGGAUUAAUGAAACCAGUCACUCUCUAUAUAACAGGGAAAAUGUCAAUGAAUCAGAUGCUACUGACUUGAAUAACCAUCUUCAGGAAUAUGAGGCCUUGAAAAAGCCCUUUUCUGAGAGGAGAUCUCAGCUGGACAUUCUUGCUUUGGACAUUCAGUAUUUCAUCUCAGAGCAUGCCCAGGACUUGGCCCCUCCACAGAGCCGGAAGCUGCUGAGGCUUCUGAAUGAGCUGCAGAAGGCCUUCCAUGAGCUGUCGGUGCACACUACAGCCCAAAAGGAUGCACUCCAGGGCCAUCUUCAGCAAGUGAUGCAGGCUGCCCAGGUCCAGACACUGCAGGAGCAGCAGACCGCAUGCCACCAGAGGCUGGAGGACCUUUGUGCCUGGGUAAGCCAAGCUGAGCAGGCCUUGACAGGUCACCACAUCAGAGGGGGCAGUCCUGAGGACCUCUCCACCCUGCAGCAGAAGCAAGAUUCUGUCAAGGAUCUGCAGAAGGAUGUCCAGAGCCAUGCCACCUCCUUUGCCAGUGUCAUCAAAGACACUGAGGGAUUCCUGGAAGAGAACCAGACCAAACUGAGCCCCCAUGAGCUGAGUGGCCUGAGGGAAAAGCUGCACCAGGCCAAAAAACAGUCAGAGGCUUUGCAGGAACGGACACGUGUGGCCCAGAAGGAGCUGGAGGAGGCAGUCACUGAAGCCUUGAAGCAGGAAUCUGAAAAGACUAAAGCUGCCAAAGAACUGGAGGAGAACAGGAGUAAAAUUGAUUCCCUUCUGGAUUGGGUGACAUCCCUGGAAUCCACAGGUGGAUUGUCCAAGGCCAGCUUUCCAAAAUUGGAGCACACCCCAGGAGAGAGUUUGGGGAAUGGGAUCAUGCACACCAUUGAUGGCUACACUGAGAUGAGCCAAGCUCCAGAGAAGCUGGACCAGCAAUAUGAGGGUGCAAAGGCCCGUCACCAGGAGCUACUGUCCCAGCAGCAAGACUUUAUCCUGGCCACUCAGGCGGCUCAGGCGUUUCUGGACAAGCACGGCCACAGCUUGGCCCCAGAGGAACGGCAGAAGCUUCAGCAGAAGCUGGGAGAUCUGAAGGAACGGUAUGCUGCCUCCCUGGCCCAGGCAGAGACAGAGCUGAAGCAGUUGCAAGCCUUGCGGGAUGAGCUUCAGAAGUUCCUCCGAGACCAUGGGGAGUUUGAAGACUGGCUGCAGCAGGCAGAGAGGGAGCUGGAGAAUGUGCAUAAGGGGGGCAGCGAUCCUGAAGCUCUCCGGUCCCUGCUGCUUCGACAGAAGAGCUUCUCUGAGGAUGUCAUUUCCCACAAAGGAGACUUACGGUUUGUGACCAUGUCUGGACAGAAGGUCCUGGACACAGAAAACAGCUCCAGGGAAGGCACAGAACCAUCAGCAACCAGGCACUUAGUGACCUCUAAGCUGGACGAUGCAACUGAAAGAUAUACUGCCCUUCACUCGAAGUGCAGCAAACUAGGUUCUCACCUGAACAUGCUUCUGGACCACUCUCAGCAAUUCCAGAGCAGCGCAGACAGCCUUCAGGCCUGGAUACAGGAGUGUGAGAGCAAGGUGAACCAGCUUCUCUCAGACCCUGUGGCCUCUGACCCCACAGUCCUUCAGCAACAACUUGCAAACACAAAGCAGUUACAGGGAGAUCUGGCCGAGCAUCAAGUACCUGUAGAAAAGCUCCAGAAAGCAGGUGGGGCCCUCCUAGAGAUGGAGGGUGAGCCAGCUCCUGACCCCCAGCACAUCCAAGAAACCACAGAUUCCAUCUUGGGCCAUUUUCAGAGCCUUUCUGGAAGGCUGGAAGAACGUGCUGAUCUGUUACAAAAGGCAAUUGCUCAGUCACAAAGUGUCCAGGAGGGCCUGGAGAACCUACUGCAGUGCAUCAGUGAGGUAGAGAAGAGCCUGGAGGGAGAGCAGGUGGCGUCACUGACCUCGACAGCUAUCCAGGAAGCCUUGGCUGUCAAUAUGAAACUCAAGCAGGACAUUUCGCGGCAGAAGAGCAGCCUGGAGGCUACCCGUGAAAUGGUGACCCAAUUCAUGAAAACAGCUGAUGGUGCCACAGCCACAGGGCUUCAGGGCAAGCUGGCGGAGGUGAGUGAGCGCUUUGGCCAGCUGUGUCAGCGGCAGCAGGAGAAAGAGAGCUUGCUGAAGAAGCUCCUGCCCCAGGUGGAGACGUUUGAGUGCCUCUCAGAGAAACUCCAGCAGUUCUUGGACAGCCGAGCCCGCAUGCUGGCCUCUGGGAACCAACCUGAUAGAGAUAUUACUCAAUUCUCCCAACAGAUUCAGGAGCUGAAUUUGGAAAUGGGAGAGCAGCAAGAGAACCUGGAUGCCCUUGAGCACUUGGUCACUGAUCUGAGCUCCUGUGGUUUUGCACUGGAUGCUUCCCAGCCCCAGGAGAAGGUACAGAAGCUAAAGAAGGAUUUCACAGGGCUGCAAAAGUCAGUUCAAGAAAGAGAGAAAGAUACAUCAUCCUGCCAGGAACAGCUGGAGGAAUUUCGGAAGCUGGUUCAGUCCCUACAGAAAUGGCUAAAGGAAAGCGAAGGAAAUAUGCCAGUGGUGGAGACCUCCAUGAGCACCAGAGAGCUACAGAAGCAGAUCGAGCGCCUUGAGUCUCUUUUGGAUGACUGGACAAGUAAGGGACCCCAGGUGGAAGAAAUAAACCGCAAAGGCAUGGCCUUAGAAAACCUGAUUGUGGAGAUUACAGCACCUGAAACACAAUCCAAGACAGGUUCUGUCCCGCCCUCUCUAGGAGGCUCUGUAGGCAGUGUAAACGGAUACCACACCUGCAAAGAUUUGACAGAAAUCCAAUGUCACAUGUCAGAUGUGAGCCAGCAGUAUGAGAAGCUGGGCGGGGUGCUUCAGGAGCGCCGGGAUAGCCUGCUGGCCAUGCUCAACAGCAUGCAGGAAGUUCAGGAGGAGGCAAGCUCUCUGUUGCAGUGGCUCGAAUCUAAAGAGCAGGCCCUGAAAGCUCUUGAUGCCUCUUCAUCACCAACCAAAACAGAGACAGUGAAAGCCCAAGCCGAGUGUAAUAAGGCCUUCUUGGCAGAAUUGGAACAGAAUUCUCCAAAGAUCCACAAAGUAAAGGAAGCAUUGGCUGAUUUGUUGAAGAAGUAUCCCAACUCACAGGAAGCAAAACACUGGAAGGAAAUGCAGGAGGAACUCAGUUUCCGGUGGGAGCGGGCCAAUGAGGUAACGGCAGCACGGCAGCAAAAACUGGAGGAGUCGGCCAACCAGCUAGCAAGUUUCCAAACUGCUGAGGCCCAGCUGCGGCCCUGGCUGAUGGAGAAAGAGCUGAUGAUGAGCGUUCUGGGGCCCUUGUCCAUCGAUCCCAACAUGUUGAAUGCACAGAAGCAACAGGUCCAGUUUAUGCUAAAGGAAUUUGAAGCUCGUAGGCCGCAGCAUGAGCAGCUGAACCAAGCAGCUCAGGGCAUCCUGACUGGCCCUGGAGAUGUCUCUCCAUCCACUAGCCAUGUACAGGAAGAACUCCAAAGCAUCAACCACAAAUGGGUCAACCUGACAGACAGGCUCAACUCCCGGUCCAGCCAGAUUGACCAAGCUCUCAUCAAAAGCACUCAGUAUCAGGAGCUGCUCCAGAACUUAUCUGAGAGGGUAAAAGCUGUUGGACAACGACUGAAUGGCCAGUCAGCCAUCAGUACCCAGCCUGUUGCUGUGAAACAGCAGUUGGAAGAGACAAGUGAGAUUCGGUCUGACCUGGAGCAGCUGGACCAUGAAAUCACUGAGGCCCAGACCCUGUGUGAUGAGCUGUCCACACUCAUAGGGGAGCAGUACCUCAAGGAUGAGCUGAGGAAGCGUCUAGAGACAGUUGCCCUCCCUCUCAAGGGCUUAGAGGACCUAGCAGCUGAUCGCAUGAACAGACUCCAGACAGCUCUUGCCAGCACCCAGCAAUUCCAGCAAAUGUUUGAUGAGCUUAGGACCUGGCUAGAUGACAAACAAAGUCAACAGGCAAAGACCCACCCAAUCUCUGCAAAGUUAGACCGUCUACAUUGUCAGCUUCAGGAGCAAGAAGAAUUCCAGAAGAGCCUAAACCAGCGUAGUGGUUCUUAUGAGGUGAUCAUAGCUGAAGGGGAAUCUCUUCUUCUCUCUGUGCAUCCAGGGGAAGAGAAAAGGACUUUGCAAAGUCAGUUGGUUGAGCUCAAAAGCCAUUGGGAGGAGCUUACUAAAAAAGCUGCAGACAGACACUCCAGGCUCAAGGACUGUAUGCAGAAGGCUCAGAAAUACCAGUGGCAUGUGGAAGACCUUGUGCCAUGGAUAGAGGACUGUAAGGCCAAGAUGUCUGACUUACAGGUGACCCUGGAUCCAGUCCAGCUAGAGUCUCAUCUUUUAAGGUCAAAGGCCAUGCUGACUGAUGUGGAAAAGCGCCGGUCCCUGCUGGAAAUGUUGAACAGUGCUGCCGACAUCCUAAUCAAUUCUUCUCAGACGGAUGAAGAUGAUAUCCGAGAUGAGAAGGCAGGAAUAAAUCAGAACAUGGAUGCCAUCACAGAAGAACUGCAAGCCAAAACGGGGUCCCUUGAAGAAAUGACUCAGAGGCUCAAAGAGUUCCAAGAUAACUUUAAGAACAUUGAAAAGAAGCUCGAUGGGGCCAAACACCAGCUUGAGAUCUUUGAUGCACUGGGCCCCCAAGCCUGCAGCAAUAAGAACCUGGAGAAGCUUCGAGCUCAGCAGGAAGCGCUGCAGGCCCUGGAGCCACAGGUUGACUAUCUAAAGAACUUCACUCAGGGCCUAGUGGAAGAUGCCCCACAGGGGUCUGAUGCUUCUCAACUUCUACACCAAGCUAAGGUCACUAAGCAGGACUUCAUGGAAGUCAAAGAAAGAGUGAACAGCAGCUGCAUGACAAUGGAAAACAAACUCGAGGGCGUCGGCCAGUUCCAUUGUCGAGUCAGAGAGAUGUUCUCUCAGCUAGCUGACUUAGAUGAUGAACUUGAUAGCAUGCGUGCCAUUGGCAGAGACAUCGACAGCCUUCAGUCCCAGAUUGAAGAUGUUCGUCUAUUCCUCAGCAGAAUUCAGGGCCUGAAAUUAGACGUUGAGGCCUCUGAAGGAGAAUGCCGACAGAUGCUAGAAGAGGAAGGAAGUCUAGACUUGUUAGGACUUAAGAGAGAACUGGAAGCCCUGAGAAAACAGUGUGGCAAACUCACAGAGAGGGGCAAAACCCGCCAGGAGCAGCUAGAGCUGACCUUGGCCCGAGUGGGAGACUUCUACAGCAAGCUGAAAGAGCUCAGUGACAUGACCGCUGCAGCAGAAGAUGGCGAGGCCCUUCAGUGGGUGGUGGGGACUGAAGUAGAUGCCAUCAACCAGCAAUUGGCAGACUUUAAAAUGUUUCAGAAAGAGCAAGUAGAUCCCCUUCAGAUGAAACUGCAGCAGGUGAAUGGACUCGGCCAGGGCUUGAUCCAGAGUGCAGGAAAAAACUGUGAUGUGCAAGGCUUAGAACAUGACAUGGAAGAGAUCAAUGCUCGAUGGAACACACUGAAUAAAAAGGUAGCACAGAGAAUUGCACAACUACAGGAGGCCCUAUUGCAUUGUGGGAAGUUCCAGGAUGCCUUGGAGCCAUUACUCAGUUGGUUGGCAGACACAGAGGAUCUCAUAGCCAAUCAGAAGCCUCCAUCUGCUGAAUAUAAAGUGGUGAAAGCCCAAAUCCAAGAACAGAAGCUGCUCCAGAGGCUCCUGGACGAUCGCAAAGCCACUGUGGAAAUGCUUCAGGCAGAAGGGGAAAGGAUUGCUCAGUCUGCUGAGUUGGCUGAUAGGGAGAAGAUCAUGAGCCAGCUGGAGAGUCUGGGAAGAAGAUGGACUGAACUAUUAAGCAAGGCAGCAGCCAGGCAAAAACAGCUGGAGGAUAUCCUGGUUCUGGCAAAACAGUUCCAUGAAACAGCUGAGCCUAUUUCUGACUUCUUAUCUGUGACUGAGAAGAAACUUGCCAAUUCAGAGCCAGUUGGCACCCAGACUGCCAAAAUCCAGCAGCAGAUUGUGCGCCACAAGGCUCUGGAGGAAGAAAUAGAGAGCCGAGCAGCUGAUGUGCAGCAGGCAGUCAGAGUUGGGCAUUCCCUCUCCUCCCUUACGUGUCCAGCUGAGCAGGGUGUCCUGGCUGACAAGCUAGAGGCCUUGCAGGCCCGUUACAGUGAGGUUCAGGACUGGUGCUGUCGGAAAGCAGCCCUGCUUGAACAAGCCGUAGCUAACGCCAGACUGUUUGGGGAGGAUGAGGUGGAGGUGCUCAACUGGUUGGCUGAGGCUGAGGACAAACUCAGCUCGGUCUUCGUAAAGGAUUACAGACAGGAUGUCCUACAGAAGCAGCAUGCUGACCACCUGGCUUUAAAUGAAGAGAUUGUUAACAGGAAAAAGAAUGUAGAUCAAGCUAUUAAGAAUGGACAAGCUCUCCUGAAACAAACAACAGGGGAGGAGGUGCUCCUCAUCCAGGAGAAACUGGACGGAAUCAAGACCCGCUAUGCUGAUCUUACUGUCAGUAGUUCCAAGGCCCUAAGAACGUUAGAGCAGGCCCGCCAGCUCGCCACUAAGUUCCAGGCCACUCAUGAUGAGUUAACUGGGUGGUUAAGUAAGGUAGAAGAAGAGCUGACAGCCAGUGGAGGACAGUCUCCUAAGGGGGAGCAGAUUCCUCAGUUUCAACAAAGACAAAAGGAGCUGAAGAAGGAGGUCAUGGAGCACAGGCUAGUGCUGGACACGGUGAAUGAGGUGAGCCGGGCCCUCUUGGAGCUGGUGCCCUGGCGAGCCCGGGAGGGGCUGGAUAAAUUAGUCUCCGAUGCCAAUGACCAGUACAAACUGGUUAGUGACACCAUUGGGCAGAGAGUGGAUGAAAUUGAUGCAGCUAUCCAGAGGUCACAACAGUAUGAACAAGCUGCUGAUGCAGAAUUAGCCUGGGUGGCUGAAACCAAGCGAAAGUUGAUGGCUCUUGGUCCAAUCCGCCUGGAGCAAGAUCAGACCACUGCACAGCUGCAGGUUCAGAAGGCUUUCUCCAUUGAUAUCAUUCGACACAAAGAUUCUAUGGAUGAACUUUUUAGCCAACGUAGUGAAAUCUUUGGAACUUGUGGGGAGGAGCAGAAAGCAGUAUUACAAGAGAAAACAGAGUCUUUGGUACAGCAGUACGAGGCCAUUAGCCAGCUCAACUCAGAGCGCUAUGCCCGCCUGGAGCGUGCCCAGGUUUUGGUGAACCAGUUUUGGGAAACAUAUGAGGAGCUCAGCCCAUGGAUCGAGGAAACACAGGCCCUGAUAGCACAGUUACCUCCACCUGCCAUUGAUCAUGAGCAGCUCAAGCAGCAACAGGAGGAAAUGAGGCAACUAAGGGAAUCUAUUGCUGAGCACAAGCCUCACAUCGAUAAGUUACUGAAGAUCGGCCCACAGCUGAAGGAGCUGAACCCUGAUGAAGGUGAAAUGGUGCAAGAGAAGUACCAGACAGCAGAGGCGACCUAUGCCAGAAUCAAGGAGGAGGUGCGCCGGCGUGCACUGGCCCUGGAUGAGGCGGUCUCACAGUCGGCUCAGAUUUCAGAGUUCCAUGAUAAAAUGGAGCCCAUGCUGGAAACCCUGGAAAAUCUCUCUUCCCGCUUACGUAUACCACCACUGAUCCCUGCUGAAGUGGACAAGAUCCGAGAAUGUCUCAGCGAAAACAAGGGUGCAGCCAUGGAGCUGGAGAAGCUGCAGCCAUCCUUUGAAGCUUUGAAACGCCGAGGCGAGGAGCUGAUUGGCCGAUCCCAGGGAGCUGACAAGGAUCUAGCAGCAAAAGAAAUCCAGGACAAACUGGAUCAGAUGGUAUUUUUCUGGGAAGAUAUCAAAGCCCGAGCUGAAGAGCGAGAAAUCAAAUUCCUUGAUGUCCUUGAGUUAGCAGAGAAAUUCUGGUACGACAUGGCAGCCCUCCUGACCACCGUAAAAGACACCCAGGAUAUUGUUCAUGAUCUGGAGAGCCCGGGAAUCGACCCAUCCAUCAUCAAACAGCAGGUGGAAGCUGCUGAGACCAUUAAAGAGGAGACAGAUGGUCUGCAUGAAGAACUUGAGUUUAUCCGAAUCCUUGGAGCAGACUUGAUUUUUGCCUGUGGAGAAACAGAGAAGCCAGAGGUGAAGAAGAGCAUUGAUGAGCUGAACAAUGCCUGGGAGAACUUAAACAAAACCUGGAGAGAGAGGCUAGAAAAACUGGAGGAAGCCAUGCAGGCUGCCGUGCAGUAUCAGGACACCCUGCAGACCAUGUUUGACUGGCUAGAUAACACUGUGAUUAAACUCUGCAACAUGCCUCCUGUUGGCACUGACCUCAACACUGUGAAAGAUCAGCUAAAUGAGAUGAAGGAGUUUAAAAUGGAAGUUUACCAACAGCAGAUUGAGAUGGAGAAGUUAAAUCACCAGGGGGAGCUAAUGUUGAAAAAAGCAACUGAUGAAACUGACAGAGACAUUAUCCGAGAACCAUUGACGGAGCUGAAGCACCUCUGGGAGAACCUGGGUGAGAAAAUCGCCCACAGGCAGCAUAAACUUGAAGGGGCUCUGCUAGCCCUUGGUCAGUUCCAGCAUGCAUUGGAGGAGCUGAUGAGCUGGCUGACUCACACAGAAGAGCUAUUAGAUGCACAGAGGCCAAUCAAUGGAGACCCCAAGGUCAUUGAGGUUGAGCUUGCAAAACACCACGUUCUAAAAAAUGAUGUGUUGGCUCACCAAGCCACAGUUGAAACAGUCAACAAAGCUGGCAAUGAGCUUCUGGAAUCCAGCGCUGGCGAUGAUGAUGCAAGCAGCUUACGGAACCGACUGGAAACAAUGAACCAGUGCUGGGAGUCGGUGCUGCAGAAGACAGAAGAGCGAGAGCAGCAGCUGCAGUCGACCCUCCAGCAGGCCCAGGGUUUCCACAGUGAAAUUGAAGAUUUUCUCUUGGGACUGACUAGGAUGGAAAACCAGCUUUCUUCAUCCAAGCCCACAGGAGGACUUCCUGAGACAGCACGAGAACAACUCAAUGCCCACAUGGAGCUGUAUGACCAGCUGAAAGCCCAGGAGGAGACGUAUAACCAGCUACUGGACAAGGGGAGGCUAAUACUCCUAAGCCGAGAUGACUCUGGAUCUGGCUCAAAAACAGAGCAGAGCGUUACACUCUUAGAACAAAAAUGGCAUGUGGUCAGCAGCAAGAUGGAAGAGAGAAAGUCCAAGCUGGAAGAAGUGCUCAACCUGGCAACAGAAUUCCAGAAUUCCCUGCAGGAGUUUAUCAACUGGCUAACGCUAGCAGAGCAGAGUUUGAACAUUGCACCUCCGCCCAGCCUUAUCCUAAAUACCAUCCUCUCACAAAUCGAUGAGCACAAGGUUUUUGCCAAUGAAGUGAAUGCUCACCGGGACCAUAUCAUUGAGCUAGAUCAGACUGGAAAUCAGUUGAAGUUUCUCAGUCAAAAGCAGGACGUUGUCCUGAUCAAGAACUUACUGGUUAGCGUUCAGUCUCGGUGGGAGAAGGUGGUCCAACGGUCUGUUGAGAGGGGUCGAUCUUUGGACGAUGCCAGAAAACGAGCUAAACAGUUCCAUGAAGCUUGGAAAAAACUGAUUGACUGGCUAGAAGAUGCAGAGAAUCACUUGGACUCGGAGCUGGAGAUAUCCAAUGAUCCAGACAAAAUUAAGCUUCAGCUGUCCAGGCACAAGGAAUUUCAGAAAACACUUGGUGGCAAACAGCCUGUGUAUGAUACUACUAUUCGGACUGGCCGAGCCCUGAAAGAAAAGACCUCACUUCCCGAUGAUGCUCAGAAACUUGACAACUGCCUGGGGGAAGUCAGAGACAAAUGGGACACUGUGUGUGGCAAGUCUGUGGAACGGCAGCAUAAGCUAGAAGAGGCCCUCCUCUUCUCUGGCCAGUUCAUGGAUGCGUUGCAAGCUCUGGUUGACUGGUUGUACAAGGUGGAGCCACAGCUGGCGGAAGACCAGCCUGUCCACGGGGAUCUCGACCUGGUCAUGAACCUCAUGGAUGCACACAAGGUUUUCCAGAAAGAGCUGGGAAAGCGCACAGGGACCGUACAGGUCCUGAAGCGAUCUGGGCGAGAGCUGAUUGAGAACAGCCGGGAUGAUACCACGUGGGUGCGGGUACAGCUGCAGGAGCUCAGCACCCGCUGGGACACCGUGUGCAAACUCUCCGUGUCCAAGCAGACCAGGCUGGAGCACGCCCUGAAGCAGGCAGAAGAAUUUCGAAAUGCAGUCCACAUGCUGCUGGAAUGGCUUUCUGAGGCCGAGCAGACCCUCCGCUUUCGGGGAGCACUUCCAGAUGACACAGAAGCCUUACAGUCCCUCAUCGACGUACACAAGGAAUUCAUGAAGAAGGUGGAGGAAAAAAGAGUGGAUGUGAAUGCAGCCGUGGCAAUGGGAGAAGUCAUCCUGGCAGUGUGCCACCCGGACUGCGUCACCACCAUCAAACACUGGAUCACCAUUAUCCGAGCGCGGUUCGAAGAGGUUCUAACAUGGGCAAAACAGCACCAGCAGCGUCUUGAAGCAGCCCUUUCAGAACUUGUCGCAAAUGCUGAGCUCUUGGAAGAACUUUUAGCUUGGAUUCAAUGGGCUGAGACCACUCUUAUCCAGCGAGAUCAAGAACCAACCCCACAAAAUAUUGACCGAGUCAAAUCCCUCAUCGCUGAGCAUCAGGCCUUUAUGGAAGAGAUGACUCGAAAACAGCCUGAUGUAGACCGUGUCACAAAGACGUAUAAGAGGAAGGCCAUAGAACCAGCUCAUGCACCUUUCAUUGAAAAACCCCGCAGUAACCGGAAGUCUUUGGGCCAGGCUGCUCCUCCCCCUAUGCCACUCCUUUCCCAAUCUGAAGCAAAAAACCCCCGGAUCCACCAGCUCUCAGCCCGCUGGCAACAGGUCUGGCUCCUGGCCCUAGAACGGCAGCGGAAACUGAAUGACAUGCUGGAUCGAUUGGAGGAGUUGAAGGAAUUCGCAAACUUUGACUUUGAUGUCUGGAGAAAGAAGUACAUGCGCUGGAUGAAUCACAAAAAGUCCCGGGUGAUGGAUUUCUUCCGACGCAUUGACAAAGAUCAAGAUGGAAAGAUUACUCGGCAAGAGUUCAUUGAUGGGAUUCUAGCGUCCAAGUUCCCCACCACCAAGUUAGAAAUGACUGCCGUAGCUGAUAUUUUUGACCGAGAUGGUGAUGGCUAUAUUGAUUACUAUGAAUUUGUGGCUGCUCUCCAUCCUAAUAAGGAUGCUUACCGACCAACAACUGAUGCAGACAAGAUUGAAGAUGAGGUCACGAGACAGGUGGCUCAGUGCAAGUGUGCAAAAAGAUUCCAGGUGGAGCAGAUCGGGGAAAACAAGUACCGGUUCUUCCUCGGCAAUCAGUUUGGAGACUCCCAGCAGCUGCGGCUGGUCCGUAUUCUGCGCAGCACCGUCAUGGUCCGAGUUGGUGGAGGAUGGAUGGCCCUGGAUGAAUUUUUAGUGAAGAACGAUCCCUGCCGAGCACGAGGAAGAACUAAUAUAGAACUUAGGGAGAAAUUCAUCUUACCUGAGGGUGUGUCCCAGGGAAUGACACCUUUCCGAUCGCGUGGUCGAAGAUCCAAGCCAUCUUCCCGGGCAGCCUCCCCUACCCGGUCUAGCUCCAGUGCCAGCCAGAGUAACCACAGCUGCACCUCGAUGCCAUCUUCUCCAGCAACCCCUGCCAGCGGGUCCAAGACUCCACAUCAGUCCUCUCGCUGUUAUGACAAACCUUGGUUGGUAAACAGUAAAGCUGGCACCCCACUCAGGGACAGCGGUCCUCCUGACCUCCAGCUCCCCGGUUCUGAGGUGAUGCCAUCCACAAGCAGCAAGUUGAAGCGUCCAGCUUUUCAUUCUAGCCGAACCUCUCUUACUGGGGACGCCAGUAACAGUUCUUCUCCAGUCUCCACCAGUGCCAAAACCAAUCGGGCUGAUCCAAAAAAGACAACCAGUAGGCCCACAAGUCGUGCUGGAAGCAGGACAGGGAGUCGAGCAAGUAGCCGAAGGGGAAGCGAUGCCUCUGACUUUGACCUCUUAGAGACCCAGUCGGCUUGUUCAGACACGUCUGAGAGCAGCACAGCAGGGGGCCAAGGCAGUUCCAGGAGAGGGUUAACAAAGCCUUCCAAAAUCCCCACCAUGUCCAAGAAAACGGCCACAGCUUCCCCCAGGACUCCAGGCCCAAAGCGAUAACAGCUCCCCUCCAAGCCUGCGUCAAGUUCUAAGCCUGCUCCAUAUGCUGGGUGUAUAUUUAUUCUGAAUGGGAGAAGUUAUAUUGUUAAAAGUGUAAAAGAAUAAUUGUGUUAUGAAGCUGCCUUAUUUUUUUUCUUUUUGUAAGUUACUAUUUUCAUGUGAAUAUUUAUGUAGAUAAAUUUUGCCUUCUGGGAAACCCCAGUACUGAAUGGGGAGCCAGAAACUGAAAGGUUUGAGAAACAAAAGUUAAAAAGGUCAAGAUGUGAACAUGUAUUAAAAGAGGGGGAAAAAAAAACCUAUAAAUAGGAUUUCUGCGCGGUGCAGGGUUAUAAACCUGCUUUAUCUUUUAGGAUUAUUCCUAAAUGCAUCUUCUUUAUAAACUUGACUUGCUAUCUCAGCAAGAUAAAUUAUAUUUAAAAAAAGAGAAUCCUGCAGCGUGGAAGGGACUCUUUUUUUUUUUUGUAAAUCACAGACACCUCAAGCAGCAAGAAGCACGAGGAGAGGGAGGGAACCUCCAGCUGUUUUUUCCAUCGUUUUUAACUUUGUGAUUUUAGCUGAAGAAAAGGGGGAAUUCAUUUGAAUUAAUAAGAUUUGCACAUGUUAUAGUAAAAGUUCAUUAAAGUGCUGUCUUUAAACUACUGUCUCAGUCACUGAGUGUUUAAAAGUCACAUGAACACUAUUAAUGUCCAGGGCUCACCUUGAGGCUGCUGAAAAAGCAGGCAGUGUUGUGGGGUUGAGCCCUUCUUGGGAAUGGAAGAUCGUAAGACAACAGCUUGCUUGGUAAUAUCCUGUUCUGUUUGGGCAGAGGGCCAUGGUCCUUGGCCACCCAGACCACCUGAUCUCAAGUUUGAAUUCCAGAAUUGCUCACCUGCAUUUUUUUUCUUUUUGCUAUUUAUUUAAAUGGUCAUUCAGGUUCCCCAGAGCAUAUUUGGAAAGCUGACAACCUAACCCAUUUGUCCUCUAAUGAAAUCUCACCAGCACACUCCCUAUCAAGUCCUGUUUCACUUGUGUCUUUGCUUUUCGGUUGUUUUUAUUUUGUUUUCUGAUGAUAAUAUCAACUGACCGAGUGACCAUGAGGAGGAUGGAGAGGGGCUGUCCAAAGCUCCUGUGUUGUGUUCCCUGUUGUUCUGCAGCUCUGACCAACCAUGGUGCUGUGUGAUUCUCUCACUUGGUUCUAAUUGAGGCAGAAACAAAAGCUGUACCAAUGAACUGUUUAAAAACAAGACACAUUUUUGUAUUAAAAUUGCUUGCAGUCAUGA